UCCUCGUCUUCGGCUCGUUGAAUUGACUAGAAUUGACUACAUUCGACUACAAUCAAGUACAAGAUAUCAUCAUGUCCACCUCGACCGAGAAUCCUCUGUACACACUCGCCAACGGCCAGCCGAGUGAGAACCCCGGUUCAGUUCAGCAGGUCCGCUACGGCACCAGCAAUGGUGGCUUGGUCGUCCUGAGCGACGUGCAAACCGUCGAGGUUCUGGCUCAUUUCGCCCGUGAGCGCAUUCCUGAGCGAAGCGUUCAUGCAAAGGCCGCGGGUGCCUUUGGUGAAUUCGAGGUUCUUGAAGAUGUCUCGGAUUUUACCGACGCCAAUUUCCUGACCGGCGUUGGAAAGAAGACCAAAGUGCUCACUCGCAUGUCAACUGUCGGGGGCGAGAAGGGAUCCAGCGACACAGUUCGCGAUGUUCGAGGUUGGGCAACCAAGUUCUAUACCGAAGAAGGUAUUCAGGACUUUGUCUUCAAUGAUCUUCCGGUCUUUUUCAUUCGGGAUCCCAUCAAGUUUCCCUCGAUGAACCGAAGCCAUAAGCGGCAUCCUCAGACCAAUUGCCCCGACAACACCAUGUUCUGGGACUUUCACGUCAACAAUCCCGAAGGAAUCCAUGCAUUGAUGCAUCUGUUUGGGCAGCGCGGGAUUCCGGCUUCGCUGAGAAACAUCAACGGAUUCAGUGUCCAUACCUACACCUUGAACAAAGCCGAUGGAAGCUAUGUCUACGUGAAGUGGCAUUGGCAGCCCGAUGAUGGCAUCAAGACCAUGGAUGCCGAUACCGCUGUCCGCCUGGCCGGAUCCGAGCCCGACUACCACGUCAAGGAUCUCUUCAAGGCCAUUGAGAAGGGCGAUUAUCCCAGCUGGUCGGUUUUCAUCCAGGUCAUGAGGCCUGAAGAGGUCAGGUCUGCUCCGAUUGACAUCUUUGAUGACACCUACACUUGGCCGUUUGACGAGUAUCCCUUGCGUCUCGUUGGAAAGUUGACGCUCAACGAGAAUCCCAGGAACUACUUCCAGGACAUUGAGCAAGCCUGCUUCUCACCUUCCAACAUGGUUCCAGGCAUUGGACCAUCUGCUGAUCCCGUCCUUCAAGCCAGGAUGUUCAGUUAUCCCGACGCCCACCGCUACAGAGUUGGGCCGAAUUACUUCCAGCUCCCGUGCAACAAGCCAACCAAUACCGUGUACUCUCCGUACGUCCGAGAUGGCCCUGGGACCUCGAAUGGCAACUACGGUGGCGAUCCCGACUACGUCUUCUCGGAACUCCGCCCUGUCACCGUGAGCAAGCGGGUGCAGAUGCCAACCCAUGAGCUAUGGGCCGGACAUGUGACUGCGUUCUCGACGUCUGUUAACGACAAGGAUUUUGUCCAGGCUCGAAUGCUCUGGGAUAUCAUUUGCAAGGAGCCGGAUGACAAGGAGCAGUUCCUGCAUAAUAUUCUGCCAACGUUGCGAGAUAUUCCCGAUAGGUUGAAGAACAAGGUGUUGGAUUAUUUUGGACGUGUUGACGACGACUUGAAGGAGCUUCUUAAGGAAGAGCUUUCAAAGUAAUUAAACCUGUUCUUCAACGGGUGGCUUGUCAACUGCCUCCUGGGGAAAAAAACUGUGAUAUGCUGGUUCAGUUUGUAUCGAAUCUCAAAGUGAUUUCAGGUCCAAAUAAUGAAGUGGUAUAUCUACCUAUCUACCAAUAUCCAAAUCUCUUUCUUAG